GUACGAAAGAGUCAACUCACAUCCUCCCUCUCCAUUCCCGACAUCCUUCGAUAUAGAACACCCUUCCCCAUCGUCCUCCUUCGAACAGAUCGAGGAUGGUACCACCCGUGUCUUCUAUGCCACAGCGGCCAACGCGUCGCUCCCUCGGCCCCACCUCGUCCUCCAACAAGGAUGACGCUCCUCGCGGUAUCCCUCCUCCAACCAAGAUCCCCAAGAGAGCCAACUCAAUUGCCGCGACGGAGAUCAUCAAGCGCUCCAACGGAGCCAACACAAUGGCUACGCUCGAGGAUCAGAGGCUCAAAGAGAGGGAGAAUAUGACACAGCCGCUGCCUGCGACCAGCAGACGCAAUGCACCGGGGCCUCGAAAGUCCUCAAUCCGAGCUCGUCCUCCUCAGGUGUUUGCAUCGCCUUCGGGAAUGACUCGCAGCCCUAAUGCACCUCCCCCUCGCCAAUCCAUUGGUGCAAUCGUCAAGUCCAAUUCUGAAGACAACAUCGCCAAUGCUGCUGCCUUGGUCGCAGAGAUCGAAGACGACACGCCUUCCAAGAAGAGAAAAGCAGACUCACCUCUCAAGGCUGUCAAGACUGCACGUCAAUCUCUUGCUCUGGGAGCAGCUAUGCGUGGCUCUCAGACUAUGAUCGUGGAGACUGUCAAGGAGAAGAAGAUGAGGAGGGUCACAUUCAGCAAUCGCCAAGAGAGGACUGACUUUAUUCGCGAUGAGCCCACUAUGCACAUUCGGGCUCCCAUUGAGGGUGACGCUGCCAGCAUCGCAGCCAACACCACCGCAUCGACGAGCUCGACUUCUGCGGGCGUAGAAGGGAACUCUAUCUCACGCUACGGAUCUAGGCUGGGCGAUGACGACGAUGACGAAUCUUCCAGCGAAGAGGAGGAAGAGGAUGAGACAUCUAUGAGCAUGGAGAUGGCCACCGUAUCUGGCUCCGUAGCGCCCCUGUCCGGCGAGGCAGACGACCAGACGAUGGACCUCACGGCACCUCUGGGUGCAGCCUCUUCGGCCCGCGCCCGAGGUCGUAGGUCUUCAGGAGCAGCUUCCAAUGGCAGCGUCGACAUGGACCUCACAGCUGCAACCGAUCGGGAGGACACCAUGGGCGAUGAGUCGGACCUGAUCGAUCUUGGGGCAGGCGAGGAGAGCGGCAUGGAUCUGACCAUGCCCAUGCAGACCUCAAUCCAGAGCAAGGGCAGGCGAGCUCGCGACAGUCUUGCUUCUCAUCGAGCAUUCGGCAGGCCCUCGCUAAGCCGCCCUCCUCGUGGACGCCCUUCUGCAUCUGCCUUCAAUGAGUCUGCCACGAUGGACCUCGAUCUGGACGAUGCCAGCAGAAGCGCUAUGGAGCUCACCGAAGUCAUGGGACAAGAGACGCUGGACCCUGCGAGUGACGAAGAAGGAGAGGAGCUCAGCAUGGACAUGGACAUCACCAACCAAGCAGGUAGCAGUAUGACCAGGGAAGCAGCCUCAGCCUCCUACCCUCCGCGUAGUCCACGAGCCCAAGCUCCAUUGCCCAACCUGCCCUUCCAACUUUCGCCAACCAAGUCUCCCGCUACACCCAGCCGGUUCAGACGCUCACUCGUUGGAGCCGAGUCUCCCAUGGUUUCACCCGCACGCAGGAUCCAAGCUCCCUACGAUCCGGCGCUGGGUCUGCCGCCUGCGUUGACACCUUCCAAAGCCAAUGGCCUGCCACCCUUGUCGUAUUCUGCUCGCAAGGCCUCGCCGAACAGGUUGUUCGCCUCUGAGCUUGCGGCUGCUGGCCCUCCUGUCAUGCGCAAAAGUCUAGGAGGAGCUUUGCCGUCGGCGCAUUCUCUCAAGCCCGGCAAGACACCGGUGGCUCUACAGACCCUUGCCGACGGAGCCAAGAAGCGCAACUCGAUUGUCGCUGCUGUUCUUCCCUACCCCCAAGCCGCAGCAGAAGACUCAGCUGAAGAUUACAGCGGCGAGGACAACAUGAGCAGUGAGGAGAGGGCAUCUAUGUCCUUCCAGUCUGCUCAUGGAGCUCCAGAAGAUGACGAAGCGUUCAGGCCUCCACCGCGAAACCUCACCUUGUCUGAGUUCUUCAGCCUAUCUGGUAUGAACUUCCACGACGACACACGACCUGUCAAGGUCCGUGUUUUGCCCACUCGAGAGACGAAGAAGCUCGGUGAUGGCAGUGAAAGGACUGUCGCUCAAUUCAAGGCUAUGGCCGGCAGUGUGCCAAUGCUGGAGACGCUCGUCAAUGCUUGUCGUGAGCUGCAUCAAUCCGGAGCCGAAAGUGAGAAGGUCCUCCGCGACAUCGAGGAGAGAUUCGUCAGCAACCCGCCAGACCUGGUCAGGGAGCUCCUGAGUCUAAGCAGCGAGGCCGAGAAGAAAGAGAUGGAAUCUCAAUUCAAGCUUCAGAAGCAAGCUGCCCGUGCCGUUGCGAAAGAGGGCUACCUGGGCUGGUGCCUCGACAACCAAUACGGUGAAGAAGUCGUCGCCAAUCUCCACUCGAUCAAAGAAUCUCUCGAGGAUGACCUGACCCGUCUCAAUGCCGACUCGAUCCGGCUUCAGCAGGAAAUCCUUCCUGUCUUGAGGGACCGCCGGAACGCUCUCCGCGAACAGGUCAACCGCGUCCGCGAGAGGAAAGUAGAGAUCGAGAAGUGCCCUGUAGAGGACCUUGAAGGCCUGCAUGCCGGCAUGGCAGAGCUCCUGCCCGAAUUGCAGUCUCGUCGCUCAGUCUACCUGGAGAAGCAAGAGGCUCUGGAGCGCAUGCGAGCUAAGCUGGAGGAGAAUCUCACCAAGAAGGCAGAGCUUGAGGAGGCUAUUGAGGCGAGCCGCAAGGUCUGCGAGCAGAUUCAGGGCUACACGCGUGGAGAGGCAGCUCGGCUUGCGGCCGACAUUCGAGAGGUGGAGAAGCUGCACAUGUGGAAGCUUCGCAGUGCGUCGCUUUCCAAGCUCCAUCUUACCCAUGACUGGACUCUCGAUUUGGUUGUACUUCUCGGCGCCGAUGGCUCAGCAGACGACAUCGAGCUGAGCCUGACGCCCUCUGCUGUAGGCAACGUCUUCCACGAGGAGUUCCUCGAGGCUCUGAAAGAGGACCUCGCUGAUCGUGAAGAGCCUUGGCGCGUGCCAGCUCUCAUUCGGCACAUCUCUACUGCCUGGACAUCGGCCCGCCGUCUUCAGUCCGAACUCUCCCAUCUUUCACUUUCAUACCCAUACGAGGUGCAGUCUCUGGCCAGUCAGCAACUGGGAGGUAGCAAGCGUCACAUCAAGGUGCAGACGUCGGUCCUGCUAGCGAAGCGACGCACGAAGGUGCUCGUGACCUUGCGAGUCGACCUGGACGCCCUGAUCUGGGGCGAUUAUCAAAAUCUCUUUGGCGGCGGUAAUGAGCUUGUCAAUGUCUCGGCAAUCUAUGGCCAGAUUGAGACAGAGGCAAUGGCCGCCCUGGUCGGAGAUCAUCUCAGUGCAGAAGACUUUAUGCUGGGAAGCGGCGCAAUUGCGCAGGCUUGCCAUGCUGCCGUCGAGACCUUUGCUGGUUAAGCUGCGAGACCACCGUCGCUUCGUAGUGCACGUCUCUCUUCCUGACGUAGCUGUCAUCUUGUUCUUGUUCACCGCUAUACCUUUUUUUCGAUCCUUGUCUCUGUGUAAUUGAUAUCCAAAUUCGCUG